AUGGACGAGCCGGUUCCGCUCGCUGCAUAUCGUUUCCCCAUUCUGCAGGCUGAUCUCGAACAUCUAUUCGUGCGGCUCCGGCAGGUCCCUGCAAGAAGGAUGAAUGUCGUAUCUCAGUCGCUUCGGAUCCAGCGCCAUAUUGUGCGCUUUAUGCCCGCAUACUCGCCAGUGCGACCGCGAGUCCCUGUACACAUCCUGAAUGCUCGUUAUGAGCUCCUCAUUGCUGUAUAA